GUCAAAUCCGGUAAGCAACGGAUAUAUUGUGACUCGAAAAUAACAAAGUGAUUUCAUUUUUCGUUUUGAUUGUGUUUAAAGAGACCAUGCCUUUAAAUCACAUUGAUCUAAAGGUCCUUGGGAUUUCAACACCCAUCAAUACUGAUGGUCCAAAACCGGUCGACAUCAAGCUUACAUCCAAAUUGACAGACUUUAUGAGGCCAUAUGGUGUAUUUGAGAGUGAUGAAGAGUUAGCUCAUAGAAUGGAUGUUUUGAACAAAGUAAAUCUACUUGUUCGAGAAUGGAUACGUGAUGUGAGUCGAAAAAAGAACAAUAUACCAGAAAGUAAGAUUGAUUCCUUUGGCGGAAUGGUGUGUACUUUUGGGUCCUAUCGUUUAGGAGCUCAAACUAAAGGCGCUGAUAUUGAUACCCUGUGUGUGGCACCAAUCCAUGUGGAGCGCACUGACUUCUUCUCCUCUUUCAUCGAGCUUCUUAAGGAACAGUCUGAAGUGAAAGAUCUCAGGGCUGUGGAGGAGGCAUAUGUUCCUGUCAUCAAGAUGGCAUUUGAUGGAAUUGAGCUAGAUAUGUUGUUUGCCAGACUGGCGUUACCCACAAUCCCAUAGGAUAUAGAUCUGAGAGACGAAACACUUCUUAAGAACCUCGACCAAAAGUGUGUACGCAGUCUCAAUGGGUGCAGAGUCACAGAUGAAAUCUUACACCUUGUUCCAAAUGUGGACAACUUCAGAAUGACUCUCAGGGCCAUCAAAUUAUGGGCAAAGAAGAAAGGCAUCUACUCCAAAUCCCUGUGCUUUCUGGGCGGCGUUUCAUGGGCCAUGUUGGUCGCCCGUGUGUGUCAGCUCUACCCUAAUGCAGAACCUUCCACUCUCCUGCACAAGUUCUUUGUGUUCUUGUGUCAAUGGAAAUGGCCAGAACCUGUAUUACUAAAGGAGCUAUCCAUGGAAAACAAGCUGAACUUCACAGUGUGGGAUCCAAGAAUCAACCCACAGGACCGUUUUCACCUGAUGCCCAUCAUUACCCCAGCGUAUCCAUGUCAGAACACCACAUUCAACGUCACACAGUCCACCAGACAGAUCAUGAUGGAGGAAUUCCAAAAAGGUUUGAAAGUGACCACUGACAUCAUUGAACAAGGAGAGAGUGCAGACUGGAGUCCGUUGUUUGAACCAUCAAAUUUCUUUCAGAAAUACAAGCAUGGUUUUGUGGAAUCAAAGAUUCGAAUACUUGUUGGAACACUGGAACGCAAUCCCUUCAUUAAGAUAGCACACGUCACUCCAGAGUCAUUUGGACCUUCAAAUGAGUCGGAUGGGCAGUUCAUUUGCAAAUGGUUCAUUGGUCUGUCUUUCAACAAAAUCGAAAAUCAGAAGGUAGAUCUCACCUUUGACAUUCAGACUUUCACCAACACAAUUUACAAGCACGCUCGUCAUAUCAAGUUGUACAAGGAAGACAUGACAGUAGAGAUCCGCCAUGUAAAAAGGAAAAGCCUGGGCAUGUUUGUGCCAUCAGAAGUACUUGCUAGGGGUGCCAAGCCUCGACCAAAGAAAAUAGUGCCUCACAGCAGCACGGGUAACCUGCAGCGACUGUCACAGGACCAGCCAAAGUCCCUGGUGCACAGUCAGUCUGACUCGAGCCUCGUGCCAGCCACCAUAGAGGGUACUGCAGGGGCACCGUGUGCUGCGAGCAAACCUCUGAAUGGGGAGAUAAUUGUGGAAGAACAGGAUCCUGUCACUUCAGAGGAGCGCAACAGCGCAAUCGGCAUGUUGCAGGCUUCCUAGCUUCCCCACUUGCGUUCGAAAAGUCAUCAAGUGUAGUACAUCGCGCUAUAUAAUUCCAAUUUAAUUUCAAUUUCAUCAUUCUAGGUGGGUUUUUACACCAGAAAAACACAACAUUAAUUAGAAAAAACAUUGCCUCAGCCGAUGUCGAGCAAAAUAUCGCGUUUCGCUUUGAGUAUCGCGAAAAUUUCGUGUGCCGCUUCGUGAAUCGCGCAACAUAUCGUGUGUCGCCCUUUGAACGCGAGACACGAUAUUUUGCUAGAUACUCAAAGCGACACACGAUAAUUUGCGCCAUACACGAAGCGACACACAAUAUUUUGCGCGAUACUCAAAGCGACACGCGAUAUUUAACGCGAUAUGUCGCCUUUUGGGCUACCUACACAAGGGCGAUAUUUCGUGGUACAUUCUCGCGCGUCGCUUCGUGUUUCGCGAAGAAUAUCGUGUGUCGUGCAAAACAUAUUGUGUCGCUUUUAGUAUCGCUAAAAAUAUCAUGUGUCGCUUCGUGUGUCGCGCAAAAUAUCGUGUAUCGCUUCGUGUAUCGUGUGUCGCCCCUGAUGAAAUAAGAGCGAGAUUAAAGAUGGCUAAAAAUAAACUGUUAUUAUAUGCUGAUGAUUCUGGAAUCCUUGUUUCUGGUAAAAGUGUACUUGAUGUUGAAAAGGCACUAACAGAUGAUAUGAACUUGGUUAGCCAAUGGUUGAUCGACAAUAAGUUGUCAUUGCACUUAGGUAAAACUGAGUCAAUUGUGUUUGGGUCCAAGCAAAAACUUAGGUCACAAUCUAGCAUUGAUAUAUCUUGUAAUGGUACACCCAUUGCUUCUACAUCAUCCGUUAAGUAUCUUGGAAUUACCCUUGACCAAAACCUUUCUUUCUGCUCAAUGGCUGAGUCUCUUUUGAAAAAGGCCAAUUCUAGGUUAAAAUUCCUUUAUCGUAAGAAAGAUUUCCUUACUUUGCAUACGAAGAAACUUCUUGUAAUGUCACUGAUUCAGUGUCAUUAUGAUUAUGCUUGUUCUGUUUGGUAUAAUAGUAUAACUCGGACUUUAAGAAAUAAGUUACAAACCUGUCAAAAUAAGUUAAUUAGGUUUGUUCUUGACCUUGAUUCUAGAGCUCAUAUUGACCAAUCUCACUUUAAGUCCCUCAACUGGUUACCAGUUCACAUGAGAGUAAAUCAAAUAAUGUUAUGGCAUGUCUUCAAAAUAAGAAAUGGCCUUUCUCCAGAUUACAUGAGUGAACACUUUGUUUCUCAAGAUUCUAUGCAUAAUUACAGCACUAGGCUUAGUAAAAAGGGUGGGUAUUGUUUACCCAAGGUCAAAUGUCAUGGUUCCAAAUCUUUUUUUUAAUAGCAUUUAACUCUGGAACUCUUUACCCGAGUCACUCACACAGGUCAACAGGUUAGAAGGCUUUAAGGUUGCCAUUAAAAGUCAUUUAAUGAAUAAUAUAUAAAUUUGUAUAUAUAUGUAUCUUUUCACUUUUUAAUAAGCAGAUAUUAACUUCGGCUUUGGUUUUUAUUUUAAAUAAUUAUUAGUUCAUACUUCAUAACAUACAUUUUAGCAAUAUAUUUAAUUUAGAUAAUUCAUGAUACCUCAUAUCAUCAAAUUACAACUGUCAAAAUAUCUAUGUGUUGCAAUAAUUGAUAACAUUAUCAAUUGAUCUUAGUUUCCAGUUCCUGUGAUAUUUUCUGAGCACUACUGUAAUAAUUAGUUUGAUCUCUUUUGAACGGUGAUAUACAUUUUUUAUUUCAUUAAAUAAUUAUUUUACUAUGAACAUAGUUAUGUUUAAGGUCAUCAUAAUUAUGUUUAAGGUCUGCCUCUUUUUGUCAUGCCACCAAUAAUAAGGACCACAGUGGAAAUAAGGGGUUGCUCUUUUUUGUUAUCCUUGGUUUGGUGAGCAUGUCAUAGUUUAUUGUACAUGAUAUAGUUUUUAAUAAUUGCUUAUUAUUUUAUUCUAUAUUAUGUUGUGAACUGUGUAUAUGCUUCCUAUGCCGAAAUAAAUCUAUCUAUCUA